ACGUGGAUUGCUAGUAACGGCUGGCUUGCACUUGAGCAGGAGAGCAGGACUCUGCGCGGCAGUAACAGAGUCGAACCUCCAGCGGAGGAAACAUGGUGUCUGCGGCGGCUCUCUGUCUUGUCUUAUUGGCAUCUGCAUGUGAGCAAGUUAUUGCUGAAAGACAGCUAAUUUAUGCUACAGUGCUGUUUCGACAUGGUGACAGGUCACCAGUGACAGCCUUUCCUACUGACCCUCACCAAGAAAGCGCCUGGCCUCAGGGCUUUGGACAGCUAACGCAGGUCGGGAUGAGGCAGCAGUAUGAGUUGGGUCAGUAUCUGCGGACGCGGUACAAAGACUUCCUCAAUGAAUCCUACAUCCGCCACGAGAUUUUAGUUCGCAGUACAGACGUUGAUCGCACCCUGAUGAGCGCUGAAGCCAACCUUGCAGGCCUCUACCCCCCUAAAGGUCAGCAGAUAUUUCAACCCAGUUUAAAGUGGCAGCCCAUACCGGUCCACACCGUAUCGCUAAACCAAGAAAAGGUUGGUGUUUGGGGUUUAUCCGAUGCUCCAGCUGAAACUGCAGAUUCCUGA